GUUGCUGACUGUCUGUGGGGACCCUGCAUUCCAAAAGACUCUCAGCACAUAAUUGGUCCCCGAGAAUCGGGAUAGAAUAACAUUUUCAAAUAUUUUAUUUGGACCAACAGAUGGAUUAAAGUACACAAGAUUUGAAAUAGUGGUUGAGCAAAUAUCCCUUGCUGUUGGUCAGUUGAGAUUGAGGAGUUGGUCCCACCCUGUUACAACACGUCAAGGUUUCCAUGCUGUGUGUACAGCAGAAGCUACUGGAACGGGUUUAAGAAGAAGAGGAGGAGGAAGGAGAAUUAAUCUACCAUCCGAGCUGGACCUGGACUUUUUUUUCAGUGGAAAUCUUUUCCUGAAACUGAAACCAAAGCUGCUUCUGCUCAUCUGCGAGAUCUCUGCAAGACUAUGGCUACGCAGAGAAAGGAGAUAGUAUUUGCCGUGUUGGAUCUCAGGAUUUGGAUCUGCCUGCUGAUUUUAUAUGGCAGAUGUCUCGGCCAGAAGGACUGUACAGGUGUGACUUGCCCUUUGCUUGAAUUCUGCUUUGAGGAGGUGCUGGAGCCUGGAGCUUGUUGCUCUUCUUGCGUGCAACAUGGUUGUGCCUGUGAGGGCUACCAGUAUUAUGACUGCGUUAAUGCUGGCUUCAGGGAUGGCAAAGUGCCUGAAGGAUCGUCCUAUUUUGUUGAUUUUGGGAGCACUGAGUGCGCAUGUCCCAGUGGAGGAGGCAUAAUAGGUUGUUAUUUUAUCCCUUGUCCGGAGUUGCCACAGAACUGCAUUGAGGUGAUGGAACCAGCUGAAGGCUGUCAACAGUGCGCAAAGGUGGGCUGCCUUCACGAGGGCCAGAAAUACAUGGCGGGUCAUACGUUCCGCAUGCAUCCCUGCAAAAUGUGCCAUUGUGGCAAUUCUGGUGGCGAUUUAUUAUGCUACACUCUACCCAACUGUGAUGCCACUCAGGAACUGAAGUCGGUCUAUCCAGUGACCAGUGAAAAUGAAGAGCCCGCGCAGCAUUACGAUGGUCAACACAUCUUCGACCAGGAGCCUUUGGGGAAUGAGCACUUCCAUAAGGAAGACCCGAAACAGUCCAAAGAAAACAAACCAUUUAACAGAGGGCAACGAAGACACAACAUGAAAAGCUCGGGCACUGAUGAUGAAAUGGAAUUGGACAAUUUGGUGCCUAUUAUGCCCCGCAAUGGGUUGUAUACCACGACAGAGCCUCAAGUCAUCACUGCAACCUCAACAGAAACGACAAUCCAACCUACGCUGCCUAGAAAGAAAAUGAAAAGUACACGGCGAGCAGAACAAUUUCAACGAGAACGGACCUCGAAGAAGAAAGUGAUCGAAGAGAAGAUGGAAAACAAGGAGGAAGCCACACAACCUGUGUUUCCAACCGUUAAAUUCAGUGUCACAAGGCAACCCCCUAUUGCUAUCAAGGACGAUGAUAAUUCGGUGCCAAACAAACAACCACAGACAUUAUUGGGUUUUCGUUUUGACGAGGUGGACAAUAACAUUCAACUACCCGCAGAUUUGAAUGAAGGGAUUGCAAGGCAUAAUAUCAGUCACCAGCUUGUACAGACUGUUCAUCCCAGUGAACCUUCGUUUACCAGUGCUGCUCCCCUCCCCAGAGCAAGUGAAGAUGUAAAUCCAACAACAGGAGAUGCCUUGGAGAGAGAGGGCAAUGACUCCAGCGAUCCCUUACUUGCUUCCAGAUUGACAACUGCUGCCACCACAGUGUCUACCACUCAUCCUACUUCCACCUCAACUCUAUCGUGGCAACUCACCUCCUCCAGUCCUGGCUCCACUCAUGAGGAUAUAGACCCUUCUAUAGAUGUGAUUGAAGACUGCUGCACGACGGGACAACAGUGGGCUGCAGACAACGGCCAAUGCUUUGAUAUCCCUGCGAGUGGGCUAGAAUCUCACACAUGCAGAAUUGCUCGGAAACAGUGUUGCAUCUCAUACUUGGAGGAGCAAAGCUGUUUGGUGGGUAUGAACUUUGCUAAAGAAAGUGAAGACUGCUUUGCAAACCCUAAAGAUGUCUGUGGAGCCGACAUAUACAAGAAAUGUUGUGACUGCUGUACAUUAGGUAUUAUAUUUUGGAACCAGUACAGAGUGUGUGAAGAGAAGCCAAGCCUAGGCUUCCCCUGCAGUCAGGCAUUUAUAAGCUGCUGUGAGGAGGCUGAAGACCUGGGUCAUUUUCCCGUGAGGCGCUGGCUCAAGCCAAGACCACUUCCUGAGACCACUUCCAUUCCUGAAGAAGUUUUAGAAACAGAAAGCCAGAAGGAAUCGCAUUCACUGACAGAGGCCGAGACUGCGUUUAACUUCAUCAUGGACAAUGAACUAAGUGAAUGCACGAUGUAUCCUGGACAAUUGUGCCAGCAUUUCUGCAUCAAAACAUUGGAGUCCUAUGAGUGUACAUGUUUCCCUGGAUUUACCUUGCAAGAGGAUGGACGCAGCUGCAAAUCAGGAUAUGACGAAGAAGAUAAAAGUUAUAUGGAUGUGCAGACUUCCGAAGUACCACAGACUGUAACAACUGCUGAAGUGGAUCGCUGUGGAGAUGCCAGCCCGUGCAUGCACUACUGCUCUCAAGUUGGAAAGGAUAUUAUUUGCUCCUGUUUCUCCGGGUAUAGACUGAUGACAGACCAAACCUCUUGUGAAGAUGUGAAUGAAUGUGUACUGGGCACACACAACUGUUCAAGAGGAGAGUCCUGUAAAAAUAAUCAUGGAUCAUUCCAGUGCAUCCCUAUAAUAACGUGUCCGAGUGGCUUUGUCCCGAAUGCAUUCGACAAAUGUGUCGAUAUCAAUGAGUGUUUAACAGUCUCCCAAACAUGCAAAAAUGGAGAAAAAUGUAUCAAUACAGUUGGCUCCUACAGAUGUCAGAAGCUGAUCACUUGUGGACCAGGCUUUGAACAAAUGGUUGAUUACUGUCAAGAUAUCAAUGAGUGCGAGCAAGGCAAUCAUGACUGUGCAGUAAAUUAUGAAUGUCAGAACACUCCAGGGUCAUUCCGUUGCCUUGCGAAAGUGGUUUGCUCUGAGGGAUUUCAACAGGACACACAAGGCAACUGCCAUGAUAUUAAUGAAUGUACUACUUUAACUCAGGUUUGUAAGCCUGGGUUCAAAUGCAUUAACAAUGUUGGUUCUUACACCUGCCAAAGACGUUUCAUCACUUGUGGAAGGGGUUAUCAUGCAAGUACUGAUGGUUCUCAAUGCAUUGAUGUUGAUGAAUGUCAAAGUGGAGUGCAUCGCUGUGGAGAAGGACAAGUCUGUCAGAACAUACCUGGGAGCUAUCGCUGCGAUUGCAAGAGUGGUUAUCAGUACAACUCUCUCAGCAGAACAUGCGCUGAUGUUAAUGAAUGUUGGCGCUACCCGGGCCGGCUCUGCGCACAUACUUGCGAGAAUACCCCAGGGUCCUAUUACUGCACCUGCAGCACGGGAUUCAAACUGGCUGCUGAUGGCAAGAACUGUGAAGAUAUCAAUGAAUGUGAGAGCAUAAUGUGUGGUCAAGAGUGCGCCAAUAUCUACGGCUCGUACCAAUGCUAUUGCAGACAGGGAUACCGGCUCAGUGAACAAGAUGGCCACUCCUGUGAGGAUAUCGAUGAGUGCGCCCAAAGUGGAGGCACAGUCUGUACGUUCCGCUGCCUGAAUGUACCAGGCAGCUAUAAUUGUGCCUGUCCUGAGGUUGGUUAUGCCAUGUCCCCGAAUGGACGAACAUGUAGAGAUGUCGAUGAAUGUGCUAUAGGGACUCACAACUGUACGUCAACCGAAACCUGCUUCAACAUCCAUGGGGGCUUCAAAUGUCCAUAUGUUGAUUGCCCACCGAACUAUAGAAAAGCACCUGACAUGCGCUGUGAACGCAUUAUGUGUCCCAAUUUCAUGGACUGCCAGAACAUACCUAUCAGAAUCACCUAUUACCAGUUGACCAUGCCGACCAAUGUCCAGGUUCCAAGCACCAUUUUUCGCAUUGCACCGUCACCAGCCUACAUAGGAGAUAACAUCGUGCUGACCAUUAUUAAAGGGAAUACCGAGAACUACUUCAGCACGCGGAAGCUAAACACUUACACUGGAAUCGUCUACAUACAACGGCAACUCAUGGAAUCCAAAGACUUUUUGCUGGAUGUCGAAAUGAAACUCUGGCGACAAGGAACCUUCACUUCCUUCCUGGCUAAAAUUUAUGUAUUUGUCACCGCUCAUCCUGUCUAACGCAAACACUGUCGCCGUUGUAUCUGAUAUAACUUUUUUGCUUAAAGGCUUGACACUAGAUCGCUCACAAGGCCAGUUGACUUAAAUGAAGUGCGGGGGAGAGGACAGGGUUUAUUGACUUUUAUGUCAAUAGAAAUGAAACCUCAGCGGCUGAAUCAAUAUCACCUAUUUAACAUUUUAACCAUGGUCAAAGUUAUUCCCAGUGUCACCUUGGGAACUUUAUUCACUGUAUCUCCCAUUUUGUUGCUACCAGGGUAUGAACUGAUGCUUGCAAGGUAAUUGAAUUACACUGUGCUCCAUAUAUAUGGAGCUCAGACUACCUGAAUCAUAUUCCUAGAAACAUUAAUGUCCAAUAUCGGCAUACGAGACAAAUUAUUUAGCAGCUCCAUAGCCUUGUAUGAACAUUCAAUCCAAAAUUUCAAUCAAAAUAAAUGUAAAAGGAUACAGAUUUUUUAACAAAUUCAGAAGAUUGAUGUGCACUGCCUCGUGAAAGAGUGUUUGUUUUAAAAAAAAUCUCACGUGUUUUGCAAUCACACUUUGCAGUGACAGCAAUCACAAUGAAGUCAGUCAUCAUUGGUGUGGGAAGUUAUGACGAUAAAUUAAAUUAAAAUGACUCUUGCACCCACCUGAAAGGAAAUGAAGCAAAUUUCUUUUUGAAGCAAAAGGAGCACGUUUUUGGUGUAGAUUUAUGUUGGAUAGAAGUGCACGCUCUUGGUAAUGGGAAGGAAGUGAAACCUGUAGACAAGGAGUUGCAUAGUUAUAUGGAAACACUCUGAGUUCUGGACAAAUUCACCUGAAAGAUGAGUUAAAAUUUAAAUUCUGUCUAUUAAAUCAAUAUGGAACAAAAGUUAGGAUCAAAGCAGCCACGAAGCUCCCAGGCCGUCAUUAACAAACCCAUGUGGUUUGCUCAUGUCACUUAAUGGAAAUAAAUCUGCAAUCUUGCCCUGAUCUGAUCUUCAGGUGAACCUUAGAUCCAUGGACUUGAUGUUGUCUCAUAAGUGCCUCUGAAAUGCCAAAUCAAGCCACUCAGUUUGAGGACAGUUGUCGACUUGUAAUAAUCAUCAAUCUUUGCCCACAAAACAGAGAAUGAGAUGAAAACGAUAUUUUGUUCUACCACCCAAGACAAUUGAAACCCAUUGUCUCUUGAAGUGGACCAUAUAAUAGGACUUUCUUAAUGCCUCGUGUCUGUUGACUAGUUAUAUUUCCAUAUGAUUUUAGUAGUGAAUACAUUUUUUUUAAAAGAUAUUCUAUUCUAGACAAUGCUAACUUUAAAAUAGAUUUGUUUGCCCUCACAUGUUGAGUUAUCGAAUGAAAUGAUCAGUGUGAGAAUAACAUUUUAUGUGAGACCAGAAAACUUCAAAGACAAUAUAAACAGGGAAAAAAAAUGUUCUCUUUUAAUAAUGCUAUCUUAAUGGAAUGGAAUAAUUGUGUUUGUAGCUCUACCUUUCACAGCCAUUAUAUCGUACUUUCUUUGGCACGGCAGAUAUUUACUGAAAAUGUACAUCAAAUCUAAAAGUUAAGUAAUGUUUACACUUUUUCUCAUUGAGUAAUGUUGAAACUUGAGACUCUUUGCUGUCGGAUGAAAGUUUAUUCUGCCGUGAUAACCCUCAAAGGGUUCAAAUGUUGCCACUCUUGACCAUGUAAGGACCAGUUAUUAAACAUGGGCAUAGACCUCAAAUAGGAAAUAAAGUAAGUCUUUAUAUAAAA